AUGUGCGUAGAUGGCAAAUGCGGAAAGUGCCUCUGGACCCACGCCACCCCAGAAGCUCGCCAGGAGGCUAUAACAGCGCACGUCACGAAGCAAGACGAUGAGAUGACACAGGCAACUUGGGUUGAAUGCAGUUUGCGUACCUGCCGUGCACAAUACGUCAUCUAUUCCCCGGCGAAAUUGAGGAUCAAACCAAAGUGCCACUAUUAUAGGGAGGAUGGCAAAGCACCUGUGCUCCAGUGCUCAAAGUGCUUGAACAGGGUAAUAUGGCCUGAAGCGUAUCGUCCUGCCGAUAUGGGAGAUUUCAAAUGUUACGCUUGCACAGCUGGAGUGGAAACUAUUGUGGAAACAAAUGCGCUCAAGAUAUUAAGGGAAAGCAACACCGAUUGGCUCCUUCUCAACGAUUGUAAUAAGAUUUUAGCCCCGUUCACCAAGCGCUCACUCUUCAAAACAAUCUCAGAUGCCGGCAGAGAAGACUUUGUAGAGAAAGUAGAACCCCUCCCUCUCGCAUCCCAAGGUGAACUCACACUCCACGGCAAGCUCAUCCGCAACACCCCCGACAUCGUCGCAGAACUCCGCUCCCGGGUCAUCCGCCGCAGAACCGAAUCCGGGAUCUGCUCGCUCUGCUUCGUCUCCUUCAAGAAAUACAAUCUCAUCCCCUCCUGCGGCCGCACCGGCUGUUCUCAGCGGGUUUGCAAAGGUUGCCUGGCUCAUUGGUACGGCCUCAAUGUCGCAGGGGGGCUAUUCAACUCCGCCGCCCUCGCAUGCCCAUUCUGCCGGCGCCGACCAGUCGCCAAGACAUUCGCAAAGCACGGGUUUGGCAUCCACGCCGUCUCUAGGCUAGAGACUGCGGUUAAGGAGGCGGGGUAG